UGUGAGGAUGAGCGUUAACACACCGACACAAUGAUUCACACUCAACCCGGAGAGCUACACACCUCACCUGGCAUCCAGGUGCAGUGCUGGAGGAGUGUGUGUGUGUUGUGUGUGUUGGUGUGUGUGCUGCUGUGGGUUGAACCCUGUAACUCGGCGAGGCCGCGCUGUGGAGUGGAGCUCAUCUCUGAUCUGGAGUUCGUGUGUGGAGAUCGAGGAUUUUAUAGAGGCGGUGCUGGAGAUGGGAGGAGUUCAGGUCCUCGUUCCAGAGGGCGGGGCAUCGUGGAUCAGUGCUGCAUCAAGGGCUGCGACCUGCAACAUCUGGAACGCUACUGCGCCACGCCCAAGAGAAAACGCAGACACACCACGCUAACCUUGCUACAGCAGCACACGGAGGAGGAGUUCAGUCUGGUGUUCCUCAGGAGCCUGGAGAGGAACCUGAUCCAGAACCAUCCGGAGAAGUUCCUCACCAGGCUGAGAGAGCGCUCGCUCUACAGGAGACACCUCAGAAAAGCCGCGCGGGCAGCUAACGUUAGCAUGAAACGUCUCAGAUCAGCGCACAAGCGGCGGAGGAAACAGAGACGCCAUUAAAAUUAAUAAUAAAGACUUUUAUUAUGAAGAAACGACGUCAAUAACUGAGAGAGAAUUAGAACCAGCGCACGUUAGCGUGAUUAGCUUCUGAUUUUCACUCAGAGCUGCUAUGCUAAUGCUAAUCAAAACAGAGCUGUGUAUUCAGGCUGUACGCUACGUGUAGCACAUUUAGCACAGAAUAUUAACAGAAUUUAAAUGCUAGCUGUUCUUCUUUUAUACAAACGUUUUAUUUUGUCUUUUACCUUUUUUAAAUGUAAAAUUUUUGCGUUUACAGUUUUAACAUAAACAAAAGCGAGAGCGCUAGCUAGCAUCAAGCUAAAGCACAGUUAUACACGUGGGUGUGAUGAUAAAAUGUUGCUGUAUCAGAACUGUAAGCAUUUAUCUGUGUGUGUAGCAGUGAGUGAGAUGCUAAAUGCUACAGUGGCUAACAGGAGCAGCAGGACGUUAUUAUCUCUCCUGAUUCUGUCGCGUCUGCUCCAGCAGAAUGUAAAUCAGAUCUCCAGUGUUCAGAUUCACUCCUCCUGUCUUUACUUUACUUUACUUUACUUUACUUUACUCUUUAUUCUGUAGCAGAAGCUUCAUACUGUUUAAGCAACAAGCACAAAAAUCUAUCAAAUAUCACUAUUAAUAAAAACAUACAGAUUAAUUUA